AUGUGGCUCGCGCGCGUAAUCGCGUUAACCGCGUGUUUUAUCGCCGUGAGGUGCAUCAAUCCCAAAAUUACGGACCAAAAUUACGCGCUCACGUUCGACUAUCUACAGAAAUACGGAUAUCUGUCCAAAGAUGUGGACGCGGUUCCAGCUCAGAGACGAAACGACGUUCUUCGCAAAGCCUUCGAGGAUUUUCAGAAUUACUACGAUUUACCCAGCGAUGGAACGCCUAACAAAACGCUGCAAUUGAUGAGUAAGCCGCAAUGCGGUUUCCGAGAUAUCCUGAAGCACGGAACGAAAGCGAGUUUAUCCAAAUGGCCGAAGACGCACCUGACGUGGAAUUUUUACGUAGCCAACGAGGCCGAGCUAAGCACGGCGCGGGCCGCGUUUGACCUGUGGUCGCAGCAUUCGGCAUUGACGUUCGAACGCUCCGAAACGAAUCCUGACAUUAUAAUAUCUUGGCGACGCCUACGUCACUAUAACACGAAUAUCAAGGUAAACGGACCAAUUUGCUCGAACAGCUUCGACGGUCCCGAUAGGUUCUCCCUGCAUUACAUGCUAACGCACGAGAUCGGUCACCCUCUCGGAUUGUUGCACAAUAGACGCAAAACAUCGGUGAUGUUCGCGUUUACGCCCGACAAGCAGUAUCCGGUCAAGCUCGACCAAAACGACAUUGCCGAUAUUCAACGUUUGUAG